AUGUACUCCCAAUCAGAGCCAGAACGUGUUGUUCAUCAUCGAAAAUACGUCCACUGUGAUCGUGAGGCUACCCAUUUACGUCUUAUACAAGACUACUUCAACGAAAAUCCGACGUACGGGCCUACAUUUUUUCGACGUCAUUUUUGGAUGCAGAAGGAGUUGUUCUUGUGCAUCGUCAAGGCUGUUCAAGGUGAAGAUACUUAUUUUCAGAUGAGCCAUGAUGCACGAGGUCGAGACUCUCUCAUGCCUUUGCAGAAAUGCACGACGGCUAUCCGCCAAUUAGCCACCGGCGUCAGUGCAAAUACUUUCGACGAGUAUCUCAAGGUCAUCGACACGACGGGGCGUUUAUGCCUCAAGAGAUUCUACAAGGCUGUCAUCUGGGCUUACUCAGGCGAGUAUCUUCGACGUCCGACGCAGGCGGACAUCCAACGCCUUAUUCAGAUGCAUGAGGCGCGACACAGAUUUCCCAGGAUGCUCGGAAGUCUCGAUUCGGCACCAUUGAUCUUUGAAGCCAACCAGCGCUACUACCAUAUGGGCUACUAUUUGUGCGACGACAUAUAUCCAGAGUGGCGUUGCUUCGUUAAGAGUCCGCCGAUGGCAACCAAUCCAAAGGAGGUGAGCAUGAUUGUUGAGAACGAAGGUGAAAGAGCUGCCCAUUGGAGAGAUGACGACGCAGGACACAGAGCGUCUAGUAGUGACUCGUCCGAGAGUGCUCGAGCAACACCGGUGUGCUUCGAGCAAUACAUGCAAAGAGAUGCAAUUCUUCGAGAUAGACAAAUAUAUGCUCAACUCCAACGUGAUUUGAUCGAGCACAUUUGGGCACGUUUCAGACCUCUACAGCCGGAAUAG